CAUAUUCACCUUUUUCAGAAUAAUUUUAUUGAAUCAAAAACCUAAACUACAAAAAUCUAAAAGUUGUUAUUGGCACAUCCAGAACGCGAAGUGAGCUCUUUAGGACAAGUAACUUGUUCAAAGUUCACAUUUGGAUUGUCAGCAUUUUGGUACCAACCGAAUCUAAAGUGGCAACCGGCUUGAAGUUCUUCUGGCAACUGGCUGCACUCAGCAUCGGACGAUACACCACCAUAUUGCUGACCCCAACCACUCUGAGGAGCAUUCCAUUGAGUCGAACAUCCUCUAGUGAAAAUACCAACACCGCCUCCGGGAAUUUGAAUGUCGAAAUGGUUGGAACUCAAAUCGCCACCAGUGUUGACGUUUUGUACGAUCAUAGUUUUACCAGCCAGUGCAUUGGUGAAAGUCAACUUCAAACAAACGCAACAUUUGCUAUUGUCCACGCCGCCGGUGAAGGAAGCUGCUACGUAACCGUACGCCAAAGUGUCGUUUACUGCCCAUGGUUGGAGGUUGUUGCACACGUACGAAGUACCAUCCGAAUCACAGCCAGAGGUUACAGAAGGGUCUACUUUAGUGGUACCACAACCAGAUACUGGGACUGUUGCAAGCCCUCCUGCGCGUGGAAAGAAAACGUAGCCACUGCGACUCCUGUCAACUCUUGCAGCAAAGAUGGUAAAACUAAAGUGCAACCUUCUGUACGCUCUGGCUGUGAUUCCGAUGGUACUUCUUACGUGUGCAACAACCUCCAACCAUGGGCAGUAAACAACUCUUUGGCGUACGGUUUCGUAGCAGCUUCCUUUACCGGCGGCAUAGACAAUAGCAAAUGUUGCGUUUGUUUGAAGUUGACUUUCACCAAUGCUUUGGCUGGUAAAACUAUGAUCGUACAAAACGUCAACACUGGUGGAGAUUUGGGUUCCAACCAUUUCGACAUUCAAAUUCCCGGAGGUGGUGUUGGUAUUUUCACUAGAGGAUGUUCGACUCAAUGGAAUGCUCCUCAGAGUGGUUGGGGUCAGCAAUAUGGUGGUGUAUCGUCCGAUUCUCAAUGCAGUCAGUUGCCAAAACAACUUCAAGCUGGUUGCCACUUUAGAUUCGGUUGGUACCAAAAUGCCGACAAUCCAAAUGUUAAGUUUGAACAAGUCACUUGUCCUAAAGAACUCACUUCGCGGUCUGGAUGUGCCAAUAACAAAUUUUAGAUUUUAAUACAACAGUGGCUCAACAACCCUAUACGGCCCACCCAAUGGGGCUGGACAAGGGGAGAAGACGGGGACCUAUUACCAUCAACAACGAACGACCCUGUAGCACCCGGAACAAUAUUGAAUACAAUAUUUUGCCGCUGUACUACUAGCUGCGGGGAGCGGUGUGGAUGCCGCAGAGCGGCAAUCGUUUGCGGAAUAAGUGUGCACAAAUGGGCCCACCGUUGAUGGCGAUGUCCACAAUGAUGACGACUUAGAUGAACCUUCAAAAAAUUUUCCACAUCUAGGUUCCAUCACCUUUGUCCAAUCGACUUUUUAAAUAUAUCCUUUCUUCUUCAUUCCUAUCCCUGUGUGUAUUAAUCCUAGCGAAAACAUAUAAAGAACCUUUUUUAUCGAGAGUCUCAUGUCGAAUAACUAGACUCUUAUAUUUUUUCGCUAAAAACCGUAGUUUUCGAGGUAUAUAUCAAAAACUAAUAAAAAUAACUUCAAACGCCCGCCGCCACGUUAGCUCGCAACCCACUCAUCAGGACUUUAUUUUAUUUAGGUGCCAAAUUUGGCUUCUACACGAUUUUUUUUUCUCUGACUUCGAGACCUAAUUGUUAAUCAAUCGGCUUCUAGUACUAUCUAAUAAUUAGUAAUAGACUUUUGAUGUGUAAUUGUUGAUGAAAGGUUACAACGAAAUAAUUUGAUGCCAAGAGACUUGUUCUUCUCCCUAACUAAAAGAACUUAACAGUUCAUUGAACCAUGAUUUGAAGUGUAUUCAUUAUCAAUUAAAGAGAAAUGCCCAAUUUCAACAGGUCUUUCAUUACAUUAUUAGAUUUGCUAGUUUUAUGGUUUUCUGAGAAAGGAUUUUGAAGUUUGGUGACCGACAUCAUUCUGAGGAAGCAGUUGAGCUACGAAACCUAAAAUUAGUAGGUACUUACAGCCUACAGUGCAUUAAGGAUAUAGGUAAUCAUUUAUCAGUUGUUUUCCAUCAAGGCAAAUACAUAAUUAUUAUCAAUAAUCUAUAAAUCGUGGAGCGGAAAAUUUGUUUUUUUGUUUGUUUCAAUCGAAUAAAUAUUCAGUUUCGAGGACUUAUUUUUGAUCAACAAAAAACUUAAAAAGAACAAAUAUGUAUUACCUAAUUUAUUUGAUUUCGAGUGUUUAUGUACGAGAAAUUGUAAAUAAACUUAUCGCAAACAAAAAUGGAAAAUUUGUGUUUAGAUAAAAGCUACUAGAACAUUUUUAAGAUACAUAAAU